AUGAUGCUGGGAACUCAAAAGACCUCAGGUAGCAAUGUUUAUGAUGCUCCACCUUCAGAGAAAGGUGAUUCUGAAUACUGUGUUUUACUCCUUGUGUGGGAGCCAACCACGGGCGCCCAGCAGCGCGUACGGGUGCCCGUGGUGUACGAUGUCAUCCGCCGGUACGAGGAGGUGACAGUGUACGCCACCGCGGCCGUGUUCUGUGCAGCUGACGGCGGGUGUGACCACCGGGACUGCUUCAGAGGCCCUUUUGGCGUGUUACUCGUCUUGUGCGUCGAGCAUGACGGCGACGGUGACGGGGGGCGUGUCACGUUGACGCGCCUAUACUCGUCGGAAACCGACAGCUGGGAUGAGCUGCGCUGGAUUUUCCAUGGCUUGCCCAUGUGUUUUACAUUUUGUUCCAGCGUGCUCGUUGGGAGGUCUCUGCUCUACUUCAUGUCUGACGAUGGGUGCAUCCUAGAGUACGACUUUGCACGGCACGACCUGACUGUUUUCGACCCACCGAACUAUGAGUCGAUCUACGAUGGCCGAUAUAACAUCAUGCUGGCGGAGGACGGUGGACUGGGAGUUACCCAAGAGAUGAGUCCGCAUCUCAGAUUGUGGACAAGGGAGGUGAUUGAAGGCGCCGAUGCCCGAUGGGUACUGAGCCGGGUCACUUACUUGCAAAAUUUGCUCCCAGAUGGUGCUCUCGUGGAGCCAGCAAGUUCAUUGUAUGUGUUGGGCUUUGCUGAGGGAGCAAACGUCAUUUUCAUGACCACGGUUGCUGGCCUCUUCACAAUUGAACUAGAAUCAGAGCGGGUGAGCAGGGUGUGUGAUGAUCAUGUCUUCUGUAAUUUGAUUCCAAUUGUUAGCUUCUACACUCCUGUGCCCCGAGGUGAGCAAAAGGAUCCAUCGUUUGAACCCAGUGAGGAUGCGGGUGGUCAGGAGGGAGGAGGGGAUGAGGAGGAGGAAACGGUAGGUCAGGCACAUCAGUUGCUUGACAAUGGGUCCAACAUUAUCAAGGAGGGGGGCUUUGUGGGCGCCUUCGAUUACAUCAGCCAUGACCUCGAGAAUAGGUUAGGAUGCUCUUCCCAGAAGCUGUUAGCCCCGCCGAAGCAAAUAACUUACAAUUAG